AUGAGGCAGCGAGGUAUGUCAGAUGCGGACAAAAUGUUUAGGCGCGCGUUGAAUAACCUGCGCGUCAAAGCUUGCACGAGCGAAGACUUAGCGCUCUUUCGAACACGUGUCGUGGGCGUCUUCUCUUCUGCAGCUCAACCCGCUGGUCUUGACCUCGAACGACUGCACUACGCUUCAGUAAUCACGGCACGAAACUCUCAUCGGGAUGCAAUAAACGAGGUAGGCUCCAUGGUGUUUGCUGCGCGCAGUGGGCAGUCGCUAAUGGAAUUUCGCUCGGUAGACUCAUGGGCGAUUGAACGCGCUACUCAAUCUGUGCGUAGCCAACAACGAGAGACCGGGAUGUCUUUGGAUCCGGUUCGAUCUAGUAACACUAUUCAUCGCGAAAUACAGCAGGUACUUUGGGAUAUCUCUCCCUGUAUGACUGAGCAUCACGCGGGGACAUUAAAGCUCGCAAAGGGUAUGCCAGUAUUGCUCAAAAAUAAUGAGGCGACAGAGUUGUGUGCAACAAACGGUGCGCAGGGUAUAGUUUACGACUGGACCGCGACGACAGACGCUAACGGCUUUAAUGUGCUAGAAGUGCUUUUUGUGAAGUUGCUGAACCCUCCUAAAGAGGUACACGUCGAAGGCCUGCCACCCAAUGUCGUUCCAAUACCGCGUACGAAGGCGCGUGUUAAAUGCGUCCUUCCUUACUCAACAAAGCACGUUCAUAUAGACAGGGAACAGGUGAUGGUGCUUCCUAAUUUUGCUAUGUCAGAUUUUGCAUCCCAAGGUCUCACGCGUUCUUUUAAUCCAGUACACCUCGAGUUCUGUCGGACUUGUCAAGCUUUGUAUACAUGCCUUUCGCGUAGCGCAUCCCUAGAAGGUACUGUAAUCCUGGGUGAAUUCGAUGAGCGGAAAAUGGUCGGCGGUCUGUCGCCUCCAUUGAGGCGGGAGUUCGUCGACUUCGAGAUACUCGACGAUAUCACGCGGCUCGCUUACGAGGACAAGCUCCCUGCGUCAGUGAGUCGAGGAUACAGGUCGGAAGCUGUGAGCACGUUUCUUCGAGUGAUGUCCAGUGCUUAUUGUCCACCUCAUAUUCAUCCUGCGCUCGACUGGCGGUCAUACAAGACAGAUCAGCAUGUAGAGAAACCAGAACCGUGGCAGAUGCUGUCACGUGGAUCCAAACGUAGAGGGAAGACGUCAGCCAUGAAACGCAAGGCUGAAGCCUCCGUACAGGAGACUAUAUGGGAUACAAGUCGCCCGAGUAAGCGUGUAGCGCGACGAGUAGACCGUAACGUCACUGGCGGGAUUCGCCACGCCGGUCGGGUCCAACCGUCGGGUUUCGUGUGGGACAGUGCGGAUUACAGUUGCGCGUACGACAGCAUCCUCACUAUCUUAUGGAACUUGUAUUCGGAGAACAGCGUCGAGUUUGCGUUGCGGGUUUCAAACGUCUCGUCCUCGUUCGACGAAGCCGUCCGGUGCUUUAGGUCAAUCAACGAACAUCCAUCGGAAAUGGAGAUGCAGCGUGACGUGCUCCGAGAUUUCUUCUCUGCCGCGGACGCUGCUCGGUUUCCUCGUCGUGGCGCGACUCUGGCUGCGGUCUCGGAUGUUAUAGAACAUCUAGUAAGACGACCCGGAGGAUAUGGAUACCGCGUGCGGAGGUGUCGCUAUUGCACGAAUAUCGUUAUUGGAGCCAAUGAAGCGCGACAAACUCUGUCCACCGGUUUGGUGUACAUAGACGUACGGUAUGAUCUGCGAGACGUUCGCGAUGACAACAGGACUCUGUCUGCUCGGGUAGCCGGUGUGCUGUGUGGAGGGUCGGACAACACGUGUACACGGUGCGCGAUGGAUACUUCUGUAUCCCUGGUGACUGACAAGGUUCCACCUAUAGUGUGUGCAGAACUAUAUCCUCAAGGGCAUCCGAUGCACCUGGACAUUGACCGCGAGCUUAUGCUAAACGUGAACGGACGGUUGUGUAAGUGGUCGGUGCGAGGUCUUAUCUAUUGGGGAGCUGACCAUUUUACCUGCAGGUUUGUCGAUUUAGAGGGCCAGGUUUGGUAUCACGAUGGUAUAUCCACCGGUCGUAAUUGUGCCAGGGAGUCGUCCUUAGCAGAUGCUGACCUAUGUCACGCGCGCGGACGUCAGCUGUCCCAUGUUGUGUACUUUUUGGCGAGUGCGUGA